AUGAAACGGCGAGGCACCAACUGCCACUACCACUUGUGCAGGCACACCUGUAUAGUCUACGACUACCACAACGCCGAGUCUAAGACAGCCGCCGAACUACUUGCGUCAUACUUGCGUGAUAGCACCGGCUUAGAGCUGCCGCUUAAAAGUGAUCGUAUGGUGGAUGACUGGAAUCACAG